AUGGCAGUUCAUCUGAUGAACACCAGCUUAACCCUUAUCCACCCACUGAAAUGUGAUUUUCUUAAACAAGUUCCUCCACCAAGACGAGUUCGUACGACUCCGGCCGACGCUCGGUGGGUUAGUUGCUCAUUCAGCAGUACAGAAUUUCCCAUGCCAGCACCCAAUUACCAAAGACGGUCUGCGAAUUACAAGCCAACUACUUGGACUCAUAAAUUCUUGCAGUCCAUAAAGAUUGAUCAUACGGAUGAAGAAUACGAAAAAUUAAAAGCAAAGAAGCUGAAGGAGGAAGUGAGGGGUAUGAUCAACGAUGAGGGUGUAGAGAUUUUGACCAAGCUUGAAUUGAUUAAUGACAUUCAACGUUUAGGAUUGGGAUACCACUAUGAGAAUGAUAUAAAGAAAGCUCUUGAUAGAUGUUUAUCUUCCAAAGAAGAAGAAAUUUCACUUCAUGCCACUGCUCUUAGGUUUAGGCUCCUAAGACAACAUGGCUAUCAAGUCUCACAAGAUGUUUUCAAGUAUUUUAUGGACGAUAAUGGUCAUUUCAAACGAUAUAUUCAAAACGACAUUAAAGGAAUGUUGAGUCUGUAUGAAGCUGCCUAUCUUGCGUUGGAAGGAGAAGAAGACCUCUUAGACAAGGCCUUGGUAUUCACAAGUGAACAUCUCAGGGACUUUCAGAGUAAAAUGGAGGGCUACUAUGGCAUUGCAGAACAUGUGAGUCACUCUUUGGAACUUCCAGUGCAUCGUAGAAUGUCUAGGCUUGAAGCAAGGUGGUUUAUCGAAGCUUUAGAUAAAUCAAAUUAUAUAAACUCAAAGCUACUUGAGCUUGCAAAGCUGGACUUCAACUUGGUACAAUCAGUACACCAAAGAGAUCUUGGAGAUAUGUCAAUGUGGUGGAAUAAUUUGGGACUAUCAAACAAGUUAAGCUUCGCUAGAGACAGAUUGAUGGAGUGCUUCUUUUGGACUGUCGGAAUGGUGUUUCAACCUCAAUUUAGUCAUUGUCGCAAAGGACUAACAAAAGUGACCUAUUUUAUUACAAUUAUUGAUGACAUCUACGACGUUUAUGGUACCCUAGAUGAAUUGGAGCAAUUUACCAAUCUUGUUGAGAGGUGGGACAUCGAUGGUGUUGCAGAUCUUCCGGACUACAUGAGAUUAUGCUUUCUAGCUCUGUAUAACACUAUUAACGAAAUGGCUUAUGACACCCUUAAAGAACGAGGAGAAAACAUCAUUCCAUACCUAACAAAAGCUUGGGCAGAUAUAUGUAAAGCAUUUUUACAAGAAGCCAAGUGGAGUUGCGGCAAAUGCAUCCCAACAUUUGAGGAAUAUCUUGAGAAUGGAUGGCGAUCGGUAUCAGGAGUUGUGAUACUCACCCACACUUAUUUUCUGUUGGGUCAAACAAUCUCAAAGCAACCACUAGAUUGCUUGAAAGAUUGCCACCAACUCUUGCGUUCAUCGUCAAUUAUUUUUCGACUUUGCAAUGAUCUAGGUACUUCAUCGGCUGAGAUAUUGAGAGGAGAAAGUGCAAAUUCAAUAACUUGUUACAUGAAUGAAACCAGAUGUUCUGAGGAAGUUGCUCGAGCACACUGUAUUAGUUUGAUUGGCAAAGCAUGGAAGGAAUUGAACAGAAUCCUCGUUGACGAUGAUUCACCAUUUGACGAGUUCUUUGUUGAAACAGCUAUUAAUCUUGCUCGAAUGGCACAAUGUACUUAUCAAUAUGGAGAUGCACACGGAGCACCAGACGCAACAUCGAAGAAUCGAGUUAGAUCGCUUAUAAUUGAACCCAUUUCGCUCGCAUAGACAUCACAAACACUACAACAUAUGACACAUCUACCUGCGGUUUUAAUCGCAACAAUAUAUAUGAAAAAUCACGGGUAAUAACUUUUCCCGCGAUCGAA